AUGUCAUGCCUGGCUAUAAAAUCAGAUCAUUCAGAUUUGAAUGUUUGUAAAUUUUCUGUUUUAACUUCAGGGCUGUUAACAAAGGCUUCUUAUUCUAGCACUUCUUAUGAUGCUACAAGAUCAGUUAGCAAGAAGAAUUUCUUAGAGGACACUUUCUCUUAUAAGAUAAACGGCACAAACCAUACAAGUUUGUAUUUUAGAGAUAAAUGGUUUCUUGAUGCCUCUGACGAUGAAUAUGGAGGAGUACUCGUCAACGCAGAAAGACUACCAUCUGAUCCCGACAAAUUUACCUUUGUGCUUCGUGCAUCUCUCUCUCAUUGGAAAGUGAAGGGGAAGAAGGGAGUUUGGCUUAAGCUACCACUCGAAAAAUGUGAUCUAGUUCCUGUUGCAGUAAAGGAAGGAUUUCAAUACCAUCAUGCAGAAAAAAGAUAUGUUAUGAUGACUUAUUGGAUUCCGGAGGAACCCUGUAUGCUUCCUUCGAAUGCAUCGCAUCAAGUUGGAGUUGGGGGUUUUGUGAUCAACGAUAAAAAUGAGGUGCUUGUUGUGCAAGAGAAACAUUUUACGCCGGCUCUUUCAGGCCUAUGGAAAAUACCAACUGGUUUUAUUCAUGAGUCCGAGGAGAUCUUUACAGGAAUUGUGAGAGAAGUGCAGGAGGAAACUGGCAUUGAUACUGAAUUUGUGGAGGUUAUGGCUUUCAGGCAUGUUCACGAUGUGGCCUUUCAAAAGUCAGAUUUGUUCUUCGUCUGCCUGUUAAGACCCCUGUCAAAACAGAUCAUUGUUGAUGAUCUAGAAAUUCAGGAUGCUAAGUGGAUGCCUCUAGUUGAGUUUGUGGAGCAACCUCUAAUCCAAGAAGACGAUAUGUUCAAGAAAAUAAUUGACAUUUUCAUCGCUAGACUAGGGAAGCGGUACUGCGGAUUGUCUGUCCAUCAACUGGUUUCCAAAUUUGAUGACAAACUUUCUACAUUGUACUUUAACACAGUUGAUGAUCCAAAUUUGAACUGUCAAGCCAGUUAGCAUCACCAAUCAGUAUUUUCUUGUGUAUAUGUGUAAUCUAUAGGUUAUGGAUUCUGUAAAUAUACUUAUAAAUUAUUCAAAAGAACUUGUUAUAG